CUAAUUAUUGCUGAUAAGAAUAUGAAAAUUGCAAGAAAAAGUUUGAAAAAAUCGAAUUAAAUUAAUUAAAGUUUCAAACAACUGUGUGAAAAUAAUUUUUUGAGAUUUUAAUUCACUCGAUGUUUAGUAAAAAUUAAAAAUGGCAUUAGUGGCUUACGACUGUAGCGAUGAAAGUGAACCCGAAAAUGACGAAGAUGUGCCCAUCAUUGUAGAAGAAGUUCGCAAACUAAAUGUAAAAACACCUCUGGACCCUUCCAAAAUCCAGUUAUCCGAUGACGAAGAUGAAAUCGUCCCAUCGUCAUCUAAAUUUUUCUUACCAGCUCCAACGAAAUCUCAACCAGUGAUAGAUGAAGGUAGGAGCGAAGAUGUAGUAGCUACUCUCAAGUCUAUGCUGCCACCUCCUAAAUCCGUGAAGAAAUUCGGUUUAACGUUACAACCAUUGAGGCAAAAAUACUUUCAAGUUAAAACUGACGAUGAUUCGAAACCUCCUGUUGAAAAUGGUGAAGAUGAAGAUCAAUCGUCGCAAUCUAAAUUACCCUCGAUGAGCUCAGGAACUGGCUUACUCGCAGUAUUACCAAGACCUUUAAGCGAACAGAAAGCUUCAUCUUCGGAAAACAAAACCAAGCCAAAAGCAUCUCUUAUUCCUCAAGCUUUUCUAAAAGCUAAACCUAUGCCUACUCAAGUUAGCAAACCAUCAGCUCAACCAAGCAAACCAUCCACUCAGCCAGUAAAACCGGCCAAUGAUGACGAUGACGACGAUGUUGACGUUGAUGCUGUAGAUUUCUUCUCGCUGAAUAAAAACGAUUUCGAAGAUUUACCCGAACCUAUCGAUAUAGAUAUCGCAUUACCUGCUCCUACUGUUCCGUUCCAAGGCCCUCGUGUGGACGGAAAUGGCGAAAGUUCCAGUGGAGAAUACACCGUACCUAAGAAACCAGAAAAUUUCAAUAUGACGUAUCAAGAUAGCGCAGGAAAUUCUCUGAAUUUAGAUGAGCAGACGAUGCAAAGGCAUUUCGGUCGUAAAAGGAAGGGAGAUUCUAUUGAUGAUAUGGAAGUGAUCGAUGUCAGUCAAGAAGAUGUACUAGCUGAGUCUAAACGAUUAGUAACUAUGCAGUUGACCGAGGAAGGAUGUACUCCUAUGCCUUAUAAGCUCUCUGGUCCGUCAACUUUAUCCAAACGAAAACAUCAAAUCACUUAUUUAGCCUUCCAGGCCAAAGCCAGAGAACAAGAGUUGAAAAAUUUCUGGGCUCAAAACAGACUCACGAAAAAACAAACGCAACAGAAAUACGGAUUCUGAACUAUUCGUCCGGCGUUGUAUUUUAUUGUUUCAUUUGCUAAUCGCAGUUUUAGCGAAAUGUAUUGUAAUUCAUGUAAAUAUUUCCUAAUAAUAAAAAGUAUUGUGGUUUUUU